AACUUAUGGCACACAUAUUCAUGAAAAACGAGAGGAUCGUGAGAGCAGAUUUACAAGUUUAGUCCAUGACAUUGUCAAUAGAGGUGGAAGAUGCCUUAUUCCUGUUUUUGCUCUUGGGAGAGCUCAAGAGCUCCUUCUUAUAUUAGUGCCCGUUCUCACCGGCGACUCUGCAGCUGGUCAGGGUAUAGAUCAUUUUGAUGACAUAGGACCGUGUGUUAUCAUGGCAUCUCCAGGUAUGAUGCAGAGUGGCUUAUCCCGUGAAUUAUUUGAGAACUGGUGUACUGAGCCAAAAAAUGGAGUUAUAAUUGCAGGUUACUGUGUGGAAGGAACUUUGGCAAAAACUAUAUUAUCAGAACCAGAAGAAAUAUCGACAAUGGUGGGACAAAAACUUCCAUUGAAAAUGUCUGUCGAUUACAUAUCCUUUUCAGCGCAUACGGACUACCAGCAAACUAGUGAGUUCAUAAGAAUGCUGAAACCUCCACAUGUAGUAUUGGUUCACGGUGAACAGAAUGAGAUGAGUAGAUUAAAAGCUGCUCUUCAACGUGAAUAUGAAGACGAUCCAAAUAGUUCUAUAAAUUUGUACAACCCUAGAAACACACAUUCCGUAGAAUUGUACUUCAGGGGCGAAAAAACAGCCAAAGUUAUGGGUCAGCUUGCAGUUGAUGAACCACAACCAGGAAAACCUUUGAAUGGUAUUUUAGUAAAAAGAAAUUUCAAUUACCAUAUAUUAUCAGCAGACGACUUGUCAAAAUAUACAGACCUCAGUAUGAGUCAAAUAAUGCAGAGACAAAGCCUUCAUUUCUCUGGUAAUACUGGUGUUCUCAGAUAUAUGAUAUCACAAGUAGCAGGUUUACUUGAUUCAAUUGAUGGAGAUAAAAAGAUGAGAGCCUUCAAUGCAGUGGAUAUUACGAUUGAUCAAAAAAUAGUAACUUUAGAGUGGGUUGCCAAUCCUGUAAAUGACAUGUAUGCAGAUGCUAUUAUUGCAGCUAUUUUACAAGCAGAUUUGCUAGAUACACCUGUUAAAAAUAUGACAACAUCUGUGAAAGUGGACAGAAUGCACUUUAAGGAAUGUUUAAUUGAAAUGCUUCAGGAUAUGUUCGGUGAAGAUUCAGUUCCAAAAAUAUUCAAAGGUGAAAAGUUAUAUGUUACUGUAAAUGAUAAACGAGCUGAUAUCGACCUUUCAAAUUUGGUAGUUAAAUGUUCCAGCGACGAAACUUUUCAACAGAUAGUUCAAACAGCUGUUACAAAAUUGUAUCAUUCCCUAGCCCCCCCUCAGAUUGAAGUAUAACUAACUUACUGUUUACAUACAUGAGGAAUCAGUCAUUAGGGAAAAUAUGUUCAUAGAGCAAAACUUUAUUUACCAAAAUAUCAUUGUAAUUGAUGCUUGUGAUUACAUUGCUUUCAAUAAAACUAGUAAAAGAA